AUGUAUCCUCCGAGGACUCAGCACGCCUCCUCGCAAAAUCUGCAGGCUCAGAAGUUUUCUGUACCUGAAGCAUGCGAUCGAAUAAAGGAGGAGUUGACUUUUCUUCAACAGCACUUAAAGAAUGAGUACGAAAAGGCUAUGCAAGAUAAGACAGAAAUGCAGCGCCACUAUGUUAUGUAUUAUGAAAUUACGUAUGGACUUAAUGUUGAAAUGCAUAAACAAACUGAAAUAGCAAAAAGGCUUGGCGAAAUCUUGGCUCACCAUCAAGCACAGGUGACUGCUGCAGUCGAACGCGCUAAACAGAUAACCCUUUCUGAGCUCAACUGCAUUAUAUCAAUGGAAGAUGCCAAAUUUGGAAAGCUUCCCAAUGGGGCAUACGGAAUGCCCCUUGAUCAGGUUGAAUUUUUUAAAUAUAUGCAGCAGCAGCUUAUUGGUGGAUCAAACCUUUCUGCGGGAGCUCCCUUCCCACCUUCCAUAGCAUCCUCAUUACCUCCAAUCCCUGACGGCCCAAUGCCUCCUGUGUCAGGGAGCGGGCAAAAUUCUUCGUUGGGAGUGCCUCCACUUCCUCCGAUCUCCUCAUCUGGUGCAAGCUGCUCAGUCACUUCCUCUGGCUUAAUGUCAGGAUUUCCAUCUAGCUCUGCUUCUGGGUUGCCCGGUGGUGGCUCUGGUGGACCCUUGUUAGGUGGCCAUGGCUCUGCCAAUAUGCUUCAAAAUCCUUUCCUUCAACCGAUUGUAACUUCGAAUUCAUCCACCAUCACAUCUUCAAGUUCCACGGGUUCUUCGGGUGCCGGACCACCAAUGCUACAGUCUGUCGCUGGUGCUCCUCCUUUUCUCGGCCUUCCACCGUCCUCCGUUGGUGCACCUCUUCCGCAUGCUUCUAACCCAGCUUUCCUCGCCAGCCUGGCGCAAGCACAUCCGUCCAUGGCGGCUGCAAUGGCGGCAGCACUGGCGGCUGGAUUUCCACCUGGGCCUCCUCCACCUCACCUAGGG